CACCACCCGAUACACCUGGAACGCUUCUCCAACUUUCUAGAUGGAUGUUCUGAAUUCAAAUAAAAGUAGCUGCAUCUGCAGUUUUAUGAUCAUGUUAUUCUUCAUCUGCAAAAACUCUUCUUUAGUACCAUCCUGCAAUGGCUACUCCUUUCCCAGCUUUAUCUUACUUCUCAUCGUCAUGGGCUCCGAACAGAAUCCCACUGUCCUCAACAUCUCAUCUGACUUCUUCUCUUUCAAAAUUUUCCCUUUCUCGGAAAUCCUACCAUUGUUUUUCUAUAAUCUCCAAGCCUAAAUCGAAAAGAUUCAAUUUUUAUGUCAGAGCUGAGGAAAAAAAUGAAUCAUCAUCAUCUUCUCCUUCUUCAGUAGCUGUGGUAUCAGAAGAGCCUAAAAAUGAGGAACCCCAGAAGAAAGAUUUGAGUUUGGAAGGUGAGUUAAGUGGAGAGAGCGGAGUAAGUGGAACUGAGUCCAAACCUGAGGCUGAAUCCGAUGCGGAGAAGGAAGAGAAAGAGAAGCUGCAAGAAUUGGACUGGAAAAGUGAUGAGGACUUCAAGAAGUUCAUGGGGAAUCCAUCUAUCGAGGCUGCUAUAAAGCUAGAAAAGAAGAGGACUGAUAGGAAGCUGAAGGAGCUUAACCGGGAAACAAGUGAUAAUCCCAUCUUGGGCUUCUUUAAUAAAUUAGCUCGAGAUAAUUUGUCUAAAGAGAAAGAGAGGUUGGAAAAAGCAGAAGAGGCUUUUAAAGCUCUUGACCUUAACAAGUUAAAGAGCUGCUUUGGAUUUGAUACAUUUUUUGCCACUGACGUUAGGAGAUUUGGAGAUGGAGGAAUUUUUAUUGGAAAUUUGAGGAAACCAAUUGAAGAAGCAAUCCCCACAUUGGAGAAGAAGUUAUCAGAAGCGGCAGGGACAGAGGUUGUGGUCUGGUUCAUGGAGGAGAAUACCAAUGACAUCAAAAAGCAGGCUUGUGUGGUGCAACCCAAAGCUGAGAUGGAUCUGCAGUUUGAGCCAACCAAUCUUAACAAUGCUUGGGGUUAUUUUAGUGCAAUAGCUUUAUUCGUUACGACAAUAGGUACAAUAGCACUGACAAGUGGAUUCUUCCUCAAACCUGAUGCAACUAUAGAUGACUAUUUUAGAGACAUCGUGCCUCUUUUUGGCGGUUUCUUAACCAUCUUGGGAGUCUCAGAGAUUGCAACAAGAGUAACAGCCGCACGAUAUGGUGUUAAGCUUAGCCCAUCAUUUCUUGUUCCUUCAAGCUGGACCGGUUGCCUGGGUGUUGUAAAUAACUAUGAGUCUUUACUUCCAAAUAAGAGGGCUUUGUUUGAUAUCCCAGUGGCACGAACAGCAAGUGCGUAUUUGACGUCCUUGGUACUUGCAGUUGCUGCUUUUGUAGCUGAUGGCAGCUUCAAUGGGGGUGACAAUGCAUUGUAUAUACGACCUCAGUUCUUCUUCAAUAAUCCUCUCCUUUCGUUUAUCCAGUAUGUCAUUGGUCCGUACACCGAUGAUCUGGGGAAUGUGCUGCCAUAUGCAGUGGAAGGUGUUGGAGUCCCUUGUGAUCCCCUUGCUUUUGCUGGCCUUUUAGGGAUGGUGGUAACUUCUUUGAACUUGUUGCCGUGUGGAAGACUCGAAGGGGGCCGUAUUGCACACGCCAUGUUUGGACGAAGCACGGCAAAUUUAUUAUCUUUUGCCACUUCACUGCUGCUAGCUAUCGGUGGCCUGAGCGGUAGCGUCCUUUGUCUGGCAUGGGGACUCUUUGCAACCUUCCUUAGGGGCGGAGAUGAGAUCCCUGCUAAGGAUGAGAUCACCCCGUUAGGAGAUGACAGGUUUGCUUGGGGUUGUGUACUCUUCUUGAUAUGCUUCCUCACUCUUUUCCCCAAUGUGGGAGGGACAUUCUCUAGCUCAUAUUUCGGGUCGCCCUAUUUCAGAGGUGAUUUCUAAAGUAGUAGGCUAGAAGCUAAUGACAUUCUUAGAUUGCCCUGUAUGAUACAGAAUAUGUAAAAUGUAAGGUAAACACCCCAGCUUCGUAUUACUAGGAGCAGAAGGAUCUGUAUUCGUUUUGUGUUAAUCAAGUUUGUAGAGUCAAUCUUUUGUAAUUUCUGAUUGCAGCCUUGAGCAAAGAUGUUUUCGUAUUAAACUUGUCUAAACUAAUCUUUAUCUGUUAAUUU